AUGUAUCAACUGCCUUUUUCUUUUGAUAGCAACUAUAUACACACAUAUAUGAAGUUUUCUGUGUUAGUGAUAAUUGCAUUUCAGUUACUAUCAAUCAGAGCUCUGAUAGUAGAUACCGCUGAAGAAUUAAUUUGUCCGGAUCCCGAGAAUCCAUUAGAUUGUUAUCCAAAGAUUUUUGUUCCAACUAAAGAGUGGCAAGUUAUUAAAGAAGGUCAAGAAAUUCCUCCUGGAUUACACGUAAGGUUGAACAUAGAUACUUUAGAGAAAGAAGCUAAACUAAUGGACGAUGAUAUAAAGGAUGAAGUUCCUGUCCAGGAACUUGUUGUCGAUGGUGAAGUUCAGGAUCAUUCCAAUGAAGCUAUCCAAGAAAACUUACAGAAGAUGCAUGAAAGAAAACAUCCUGAAGUUAAACAAGAUCACUCACACCGUUCAAGAGUUAAUCAGGAUGAUUUGAAUGAUUUUGAUUCUGCCUCGUUGGAAGUGGAAGGAUACAAGCCAAAUGCAAGCGAUAUGGACAGGUUGAACACCGCAUUAGAUACCCUUGAAGAAUUAAGUCACGAUAUUGAAUUUGGGGAGAAGUUAACUACUGAUAAGAACAUUUUCCAAAGUCUUCUCAACAUAGCUGAUACUGCUAAUGAUGCAAAGGUAGAAGAAAAGGCUUACCGUAUCAUGGGCUCCAGUUUAAGAAACAACCCGGAAGCUAUCAACAAUUUGUUGUCCAAUUUUGACAGAGACUUUGUAACCAAUUUAUUCAGUCAGUUAUCUAAGAAAGACGAUGUUUUACAAAAACGAAUCUUGGGUAUAAUUCAGGCCUUAUCUCAGAACGGCCAUUUUACAAGAGAAUAUUUUUCAUUCGAUCAUAGUUCGGGAUUAGAUAAUUUGAUUGAAAUCUUCCCUAAUCUUGGUGUUGAGUCACAAACUAGAGCAAGUAAUAUCUUGGAAGACUUGCAAUUGUUUCCUGUAACAAAUGACAGACGAUCACUCGAAGACCAAGAUCCAGAAUCUCGAGUUUCCAAAUUUAUCCAAAAUUCAUUUGUUGGAAAUAAACUUGAUCAAGAUAACUUUAAACAAUAUUUCAAUCAAUUGGCCAAAUUGCACCAGGACAAUAAGGAUUUGAAACCUACAAAUGAAUUCAUUGAAUGGUUGGCUAAGGAAGCUGAACUUCGAAAGGAAAACAAGAAAAGAGAUGACUAUUCACAGGAUGAUAAGAACUUCGAUGAGUUCAUGCUUACUGCAAGACACGAAAUAUUUGGUAAUCCAAUGGGAUUAAGAAAAGCCAUUGCUGACGAGUUAUAG